AUGCGUCGGAACGAAUUCAGUGCUUUUUGGGCUCUACUGCUGCUGGCCGGAGGUCUUCAAGUUUCGGUAGCCCAGUUGGCGGAUGUCUGCCUUUAUGAGGAAGAUGGCACCCGACUUCCCUUGGCCACUCACUGCUCUCGCUUUGUGGUUUGCCAGAGAGGCGAGGUGUCCAUCAUUGGUAGCUGCCCACGGGGUCUUCACUUUAAUCGUGAGCUCCGAGAGUGCGACUUUCAGUGGCGAGCCAACUGCCUGGGGCUAUCCGCCUUCGCCGGAGCGGAUGACCAGUGUACAUGCGAUUGCUGUGCCGACGAGUGCCGAGAUCCCAUCGAUGAAGUAGAGGAACCUACCACUGAGGACUGUGAUCCAGAUACCACCACGAAAUCUACGGUUACUCCGAGCCCCCCAGAUUUCACUGAUCCCACAGAUGCCACCACGAAUCCAGAUGAACCCACCAAUACCUCCAAUACUACUCCAGCGAGUCCAGGCGUCGUACCAUCCUAUUGCUCCAGUCCCCGUACCGAGUGCGCCACGGAGACGACAGGCACGAAGCUAGAAAUGCCCGGAAUCUGCGUCAGGUUUAUCCAAUGCAGCAACGGAUGCGUGAAUGAAAUGAGCUGUCCCAGUGGCCUGUACUUCAGUAAGGAGCAGGGUGAUUGCGAUUACCCGUAUAACGUGGAUUGUGAGCCAACUGCCGAUGCUACGGGAGAGGUUGUGGGACCCUCCGGAACCACAUGCUCCUUCGAUACCGUCUGCGCCAAACAACCCGAUGGAGCGAUGUUCCCGGACCCCGAUUCAAACGGAUAUCUUGUUUGCCAAUGCCAGUGUCCCAUUUCCAUGCCGUGUGAUCCUGAGCUGAUUUUUAAUGUGGAUGCGAAAGUUUGUGACUGGCCUACGGGAAGCAACACUCAACCAGGUGAUGAUGCCGAUGCCGGUGCCGGUGCUUCAGCGGUUCUCUGUCCCAAUGGCCUUGUGUUCAAUGCAACCUCAGAUCAGUGCGACUACCCUGAGGCCUAUGUACCCGAAGUGCCCUGCAAUAGCACCAGCACCGUCUGCAAUGGCCAGCCGGAGGGCGAGCUCUUCGAGGUGCCCGGCUCGUGCAAUACGUUCUACAAGUGCACUUACAACUGCGCCGUGGAGCUAUUGUGUCCCAACAAUCUUGUCUUCGAUCCUGAUAUGGAUAUGUGUGUCUACCCACAGAAUUAUAAAUGCAAAUGGGAGUAUACGCCGCCAUCGGGUCCGAGUGCCGGUCCCUCUGGCACAUCUUGUGAGAGUAAUGGUCGUUGUUUGGGCAAGAGCGAAGGUACUUUUUUGCCUUCCGAAACAAACUGUGGGCAGUACGUUGUUUGUCAGUGCGAGUGUGAAGUCGAUAUGGAGUGUCCAGAUGGGUUGUAUUGGGAUAAAGAGCAGUUGAUCUGCAAUUACGCCAGUAAAGUUCCUUGCACACUUUAA